GGACUGCUCUGGGUGGGGGACCAUGUGGUGAGCAAUAGAUCAGGAGGCCCCUGGUCCUGGUGGCUGGCCGGGCUCCAUGAGGGGCCACAAAGGAGCAGGUUUCAGAGGGGAAAUGGUGGCCUGUGGUUUCCUCUGUUUCCUGGCGAGUCAAGUGCGUCCAGGGCAUCCGCGUGGAGCUGUCCAGUGAGCGAUUAGGUCAGGGGUUUGAAGAGUUGAGGGUCUUCAGCAUAAAAUAACAGAUGGUCCCUGAGGCCAUGGGGUGGAGUGCAGUGUGAGACAAGGCUGGGAAAGAACGUUCAGGAAUGCCAGUGAUCACGGGGUGGGCAGAUAAAGAUACAAGAGGUUCUCGAGGCAGGAGGGGAGCUGGGUGCCUGUAACUGUCACUGAGUUCCCGGAAGUGAUUCAAGAGGAGGGAAGGUCCAGCAUGUCAGAGGGCCCCUCCCAAGCAGUCAAGGGGGAGGGGAGAAAGACAAGUGCCAGCGGGACCCUCUGAAAGACCUUGGGAGAUAAAGGGAACGAUACAAGGAGGGGACCUUCUUGGCUCGCUUUUCCUGAGUCCCUGCGGGUCAGGCCCUGGGCCUGGGGACAUGCCCCGUAAGGCUGCGUGGCAUCUCCAUCCCUGCUGCUGUAACUUAAGCUAGGCCCAUCCCCCUGGGACCCCUGCUCCCCCAGUGGCUCAGGGAUGGUGAAGAUCAUGGGCCCGGGCCCAGGGUUGGGGGUGGGGGGGCGACAUAUGGUUGCUUUCCCCACUCGGUUUUCCUUCCCUGGCUUCUCAGUUUCCCUGGUGUUGGACUGCUACAGCUCCUCUCAGACUCUCCCAGGAUGUGUGUCUGUCCCUCUGGUCAAGUGGAGUCCUGGGGAGCGUCCCCUGCUCUCCAGGCCACCUCUGAGCAGCUCAGGACUGGCAGCUCCUUCCCCAGCUCAGUGACUUUUCCACCGGUUCCCUCCGUUCUGCCUGCACGGCAGGGACAGAGGAGAGCAGCCGAGCGCAUGGGUGCAGACUCCCAGGAUCUGAUGCCGCCCCACCACCACUUGGUGAGGAUUGCGUUCCUGUCAAAGCUCUCAUGCCCACACCCCAGGCAGAAACUGCAAGUUAGUUUCCCGCAUCCACUGCCCGCCACAUGGGAGGCAAAAGAUCCGUACGGAUGGGCGGAUGGGCGGUGGCAGAGAGUAGGAUACCCCUGCACCAUACCUCGUGGGGAAACAGCCUCGGAGACCACCCUGGGAUCGGAUAAGCCCAGAGAGAAGACCAAAGGCAGCCAAGAGGUCCUGGUUUUAGCCCAAACUGGAGGACUGACCCAGCCUGGAGUUGAUUUGCCUGGGGCCAGAGCAGGGGCGCUGUAAGGAGAGGGAAAAAACGAGACCAUCCCCGGGAAGAUGAAUAGGUAGGACCGCUCAGGGCCCGAUAGUGACCCCAGGCUCGGUCCUUCUAUGCGUCUGACUCCAGAGGUGGAAAGAAGCGCAAGAUUCACGUAGAGGCUCUCCACGGCGUCAGCCUCGUAGUCAUCAUCCCGCUGUGCUUCAGUGGAAGGGAGAGCAGUGGUAUGACUGUCGCUGCCAGUGAUCACACAAGACCCCAGAUCUACCCAGGGAGCCCGUUAGGAGUUGAGGAUCCUGAAACGUAGCCUAAGUGAGGCAGGUCUGGCGUGGGCCUGGUUUCCAUAGCCUGCUCUGAGUUCUCAGUGGGGAUGACGCCUACAGACUGCUUCUGGAGGCCUGUAGCCAGCUCUGCUCUUCCGCUCUGCCACUGAUCAUCACGCUCCCACUCUGGAUUUCCAGUUCUUCAGUCAUAAGAUCAGACUGAGCCUGCGCCCAUCUUCUCAUUUCCCCCAAGUUCCCAAGCAUGUUGGAAGUAGAAACACUCAGGAAGCCCCCCAAGAGACAUACACCUUCAGGAUCAGUGGGGCUGGAGCCGCCUGUGUGUGCUGACUCCUCCGUGACCAGAUCCAGGAGCCCGGCUGCUCCCCUGGCUUCUCCUAGCUCCAAGUUUCACACCAGAGCUACCAAUACCUCUCACGGACUUGGCUGGGGUGCUGGGGGGCGCCUGCUGGAGACUGAGGUUAAACUAGAGUUUGUAGACAUAGAAGAGAGGGCCGUCAGUGGUCACAGGAAAAUCAGAUCCUCUGUAUCCCCAAAGGGGAGUGAGAGGGAUCUGCCCCUACCAAGGAAGAGACCUUAUCCCCUCCCCAGUUCCUCAUCGGUCCCUUUACCUGGCCAAGUUUUCCUGGAGGAGCAGGAAGAAGGCACCCUGGGCCUCCAUGUCUACAGCGAGAAGAGAAAAGCCUGCUCCCUGGGGAGCCCUGAUCUUCACGCGGCUGCCUCCCAUACAAAGUGCCUGGCCAGCCCUGGGCGGAAUAAGCCGAAGGGAGACUCUGGCCUCUAUAGCCUCAAAUCUGUGCUUGGGCCGGAGCCCCCUGGGCAGCCUGAGAAGAAGGUGUCCAAACAGAAGGCACGUGGACAGAGAGAGGAGGGAGAGCUGACACUGAAGAAGUCGAGAGACCCAGUGCUCAGCUCUGGCCAGUCCCCCUUGACCCCAGCGCCAGUCCAGGCGGCCAGUCCGGACAGGUCCAAGGUGGGCCAGCCCAUUGAGAGCGAGAAGGUAAAGCAGGCUGACGUCCUCAUAGCCCAUCUGGCCAGGGAGGUGCGGCGCCUCAAGAAGUGGAAGAAGAGGCAUUUGCUUGCUGCUGUUGGGGAGACAUCAUCCCUGGUGAGCCUCCAGAAGCCGCCCUGCCUGAAGAAGCUGGUCAGGACUCUGAAGGCAGAGACCAAGGGCUGGGCCUUCCCCAGGCAUUCCUCCGGCGCUCUGGACGCCGUGGGUCCGAAGCCCGCGUCUGAUAUCAGACAGCUCUUUACCACUGACUGCAAGAACGUCUGCCCUGUCCCCUGCACUCUGUGUCAUGCCAGUGUCAGGCACGGCCAAUUGAAGGGGCAUUUCCAGGCCUCAGGCCUGGUCCACCACUUGGUGAGUAAGCAUGGGCUGGAGAGAGAGAGAAGGCCGACCGCAGCCAGCCCAGGGGAGAAGAGGGGAGGGACUGGGGACAAAAAGCACAAGGGCCUGCCCGCCAGCACCGCUAGCCUUGCCCCCGAGGGGCUCCCCUCGCCAGGACGCUGCCCCGAUGCCUCCCCCGAGCAGCUGUUCCCGGCUCCACCACUCUUGCCCGCUUCCACCAAAGAUGAACCUGCCGCGCUCCCGCUGGCGGUCAUGGAGGCCCAGGGUGGCGCCGCUGCCCCCUGCCCGCCCCGAGCGCAGGCCUGGAACCACGGCAUCGCGGAGUUGCUCUGUGGCCUGGCGUUGCCGCUCUCCUUUGUUUCGUCCCUGCCUUUCAGAAGGUUUAUGGCCCAGGCCGACCCUUGCUACCGCGUGCCGCCUCCGGCCUUCUUCUCCGAUAAAGCCUUGCCUCUGCUCCGUGAAGCGGUCGGCGAGCAGGUGUGUCGGGAGAUGCAGUGGGCCGAGGGCAGCUGCGUCCACCUCACCAUGUCCGCUGCCGCCCAGGACGCAGAUGUGGACUAUGUGGCCGUCAGUGCCCACUGGGGAGCGAUACGGCCGGGCGGUCGGCUGGCGGCGGCGGAGAGCCCGAGGAAGCACGCCGUGCUCUGGGUUCGAGGCCUGCCCCGGGAGAGCACUGCAGAGGAGAGGCAGCGGGAGCUGCGGGAGCAGGUGAGCCUGUGGCUCAGCCGAAGCUCCCUGCGACCCGGCUUCCUGGUAUCGGGCAGCUGCCUCAGCCUGGAGCAGGCAGUGAGGACGGAGGGCUACACCCACCUCCCCUGCUUUGCCCACUGCCUCGACUCCCUGGUGACAAACUUCCUGAGUCACCAUCAGAGCGUCCAGAUCGUCCUGGGUACGGUCAGGGCCAUCUGCAGCCAUUUCCAAGGCUCUGCAGGGGCCCGGCGCCUCCUGACCCGGCUGCAGCGGCAGUGCGGCCUCCCGGCCCACCAGCCCUUUUGGGAGCUCUCAGACCACUGGGGGUCCGCCUACCGCUUGAUGGAGUGGCUGGUGGCGCAGCAGCGGCCGCUGCGGGAGUACGAGGCGAAGCACCAGCUGGGCAAGGCCGGCGCCGCCCUGUCGCCCGCGUUCUGGAGCCUGACGGACAGUCUGGUCACGCUCCUGCAGCCCUUCCAGACGGCGGUCCGGGAGGCGAGCGCCGCACAGGCGUCCUUGAGCCAAGUGCUGCCACAGCUCCGUUACCUGCACAUCCUCCUGGAGCAGGUGCAGCGGCACUUGGAGGAGCAGGGCGGUGCGGAGGUGGGUGCCGCCGUCCGGCUGGCCAAGGGCUUGGCCCUGCAGCUCGCCACAGACUGCCGGCUCAACGAGCUCUUCCACCGCAAGGAGUUCGUGCUGGCGACCCUGCUUGACCCCCGCUUCAAGGGCAAGAUCGAGGCCAUCCUGCCCACGGGGGCCGACAUCGACCACUGGAAGCAAGUUCUCGUGUACAAGGUGAAGGAGAUCAUGGUGUGCGAAUACUCCUUGCCUCCCUCCCCCUCCCCGCACGGCCCCAAGAGCAUGCAUGCGGGCGCCAGGAGCCUUGGGGCCGAGGGGAAGGGCCGGAAAGAGCCUGCACACAGAAGCAGCUCUGGGUCUCUGCUGCUCGGCCAGAAGGAGAGGAGCUUGCUGGAGCAGCUGGAAAGUGUGGGGCUGCUGGCGUCCAAGAGAAGCGGGGCCUCCCUGUCCACCGAGAGCCACCUGGCUAGCAUCAUCGUCAAGAAGUACCUGCGUGAGAAUGAGACGAUUGGCGCCCAGGAGGACCCGCUGGUUUACUGGGAGAAGAGGCAGGAGGUCUGGCCAGCUCUGGCAAGACUGGCCACUGUCUAUCUGUCCUGUCCCCCAACAGGGGCCUUCUCUGGAAGUGUCUGUGCCUCCCUGGACAGCCCUGCCUUUGUGCAGCCCAGUGCCCCUCUCCCAGUGGAGACCGUUGAGCGUCUCCUCUUCUUGAAGACCAACCUGGAGAAUUUCCCCAAGUACAUCGCCCCUCCCCUCCUCUUCCCCCGUGGAGACCUGGCCGAGGGGGAGCAGACCAGCAAGGUGGACCUCCGUCUGACUCCCUGAAAGUCUGCCUGUGGGAACUGUGCCUGGGCUCGGAGGAGAGCAGAAUGUGCACUCUAGGGCGUUAGACGGGGAUGGCUGCAGUCCUAAACCUGUUUGGAAGGAAUAAGGACAGUUUCUCAAUUCUUGACAGGUUGCCUUUUCCCCCAGGGAGAUGAUGUUUUUCCAUCCACCCAUUGCUUCAUUUAUUUCUAGCAGUUUGUGCAUAGGAAAGGUUAACUGUGUCCAGAAGUGACUGGGAAGUUGUACUACACGCUUCUCUAAGCUGCAGCGCCCUUUCGCAGUGUUGGUGGGUAGUAAGGGCCCGUGCAACUUGUCCGUGUACGUCUCGUGCCCUUAAGAGCUCUGCUUUCUCACAAAGUGACGAGGGACAAGAAGAGGCAUGGGUGCUGGCAGAUGGGAAAUCUGCUCAACCAGCUAGGGCCUGCUAAGCUAUGGAAGCUUUUGGCCACAGUUGCUUUCACUGUAGAAGAAAGAAGCCCUGAAGUAGAGUAGCCGUGUUAAGAGGGAAGCGUAUGCACACACGCACGCACCAGUCUUCUUGGGGUCGGUACUUUCUUGUGGAUUCCAGAGUGGCCAGAUCACCCCAGCUGAUGGGACUGCCCAGCCGGUGAGGAUGUGUGAGUUGCGGACGGCCGAUGGACCCAGUCCUCAGAACGGCCCUCUUACCCAUGGUUUGUUUCCAGACUGCUGGAGACCCUGGGGUUUCUUCCUUUCUACAGUGAAAGCAGUCUCCGAAAGAGCUUCACGGCUAUCCAGGCUGUAGGUAGCUACAUGUAUAUCCCUCCUGCAGCGCCCACACCUCCCCUUUUCCCUGGUCACUUGCAAAGGGCAAAUCCUCUCCCUGGAAGCACAAAAGGAUGUGUAUCAGGCCCACUGGUGCCAGACUGCCCAGAGUGCCUUCAGGGCAGGGUCCAGAGCUGAGUGCGCAAGCCCCAGGAGCUGGUGGGAUCGGGUGAGGAAAGAAGGAAAGGGAGAGGCCGGAGGAUUAGGCGGCAGGCCUGUCACCCCACGCACGAUGCACACCUGGCUCUCCUGAGGUGCUUGGGUGCUGGAAGGGUGGCUCUGAGAGGGAGGGCCGGUAGGCGGAGGUGGGGCGAGGCACUCGAGGUCUAACCUGGGCUUGGGCCCCGGCUGUGGGGGUGAGCCUGGGACGCCUAUCCCCUGGCCUCCCUUGGAAGGGUUGGCAGUCAUGUGUCGCUAUGAGUAAUUAACUGUAGGACAUGUGGAAGUUACUGAUGAUGUAAGGAAGCAGGAAAAAUUAGCCAUAAUCCUUGCACUCAGAUAGUCUUGUUAAUACUGGGGCAUACUUCGUUUUUUUAACCUUGGGAUUGUACUCUCUGUCCUGUUGAGUAUGUUGUAUUUUCAUAAUUACCUCAUCUUCUUUCUUAAAUAAAGGUUUGUAAAGAUCAUA